ACCAAGAUGAUGGAAAGUUUUUGCAGCUAUUUUUUUCUCCCCUCUACACGUCUGAAAGGGAGAAGGAAGUGGGGAGGAGGAAGCAGCAACUCCAGAUAUGCAUUGCAUUGGCUUGUAGCUGGCUGCCAGAUCACUCAGCCACACUCUCACCUCCCCUCCUCAGCAGAGUGGGGAGAAAAUACCACAAAGCAGCUUUGAGAUAGAGACAGGGAGAUCACUCACCAGCCACCAUCAUGGGCAAAAGACAGGAACUGAGGAAGAUAAAUUGACUUCCAAUUAAAAAUAGAGUAGGAUAAUGAGACACAAAAUGAAAACUAAAAUCACCUUCUCCCCACUCAGCCCUUUUGCCUAAGGUCAAGUUCAUGCUUGACUACCCUUUCCUCUCUCUGCAAGGGUCUCAGGGGGAUAAGGAAGGAGGAUGGGGUCAGUUUCUAAUGCUCUGUCCCUGCUGCCCCUUCCACCUCAUGCUCUGCCCCCGCUGCAGCACGGGAUCUCCCCACAGCUGAAGAUCCUGCUGGGAUCCUGCUCCUGUGUGAGCUCUCCAUGGGCUGCAGCUUCCUCCAGGGUAUGUCCACUUGCUCCAGCGUGCGGUUCUCCAUGGGCUGCAGGGUGGAUCUGCCUCAUCAUGGCCUGCACUAGGGGCUGCAGGGCAAUCUCUGCUCUGGUGCACCGCCUUCCCUGGCCUUGGUGCUUGCAGGGCUAUGGCUCUCGCAUCUUGUGGCUCCUCCCUCCCAGCUACAGCUGUGCCACAGUGGAUUUGUCUUGGAGGCCUCUUGACCCAGCUCUGCCCAACAUAGGAACAGCUUCUGGUGUCAAUGUACAGAGGCCAUCACUGCCCUCCUUGUUCCCCAAAUGUGGCCAUGUAGCCAGCAAUCAUAAGCAUACUUCUGAGGGAUAAUGUGUAACCUUCCCCGUGGGAGCCCAUGCAGCAUCGCAGUGAGCACAGUGUGAGAAACAUCAGCGUGUGCCAGGCAUCACAGAACUGCUGGCUCACACAGGGAAGCUUGAAGGUGUCCAGGGGUCUGGAUCUCUGGCAUGCCCCUGUCGGUGCUGGUGAUGGCAGUGGAGCGACAGGCUUUCCCCAAAGAGGAGUGCCUGGCACACCCUUACUCCAUGGGGUUGCUGGGAGCAGUGAGUGAGCUCCCCCAAAUGCUGUGCUGGUGAGAAUAUCUCGUCCAUUGGGCACCAUGUGCAGCUGUAUGUGUGGCAGACGCAGCUCUGAGAAGGCUGGUGGGGUGGAUCAAGGCAGCAGAGAUUUUGCCAACCUUGCUCUGUGAAGUCUGUAAUGCGUAGCCAAAGUUUUAGGCCCCUUCUGUGGCCCUCGUGGCACUCAGAGGCCUUGGGCAGCCGAGCUGUUUUCAUGGAUAUUCGGAAAUUACAUGAGAACAAAAUACAUAAAAACCAGCCCAUGUGUCUCUGCCUGGGAUGGCUGUGGUGUCCAUUACCAUGGCUGGGAGCAACGGGGCACCUGGCAGCUGUGGUGAGGCUGUUUCCAUGGCCCAUGAUGUCUUGGGAAUGAGAUCUUGAACGAGUUCGGAUUCAGCAGUGUUAUUUGAAGGCAGCAGUGCUGAGGCAUCACUUCUUUUGGGAGCACCACGUGGCAGCUGGUGCUUGCGGUGAUGGCUGGGAUCUGGGAUGAUGACCGGGCAGCGCCGGUGCAGGGUUCCAGGUAAUCCACGUGAAUUCCCUAGAGCAGGGUCGCCGCGGCGAACACGCACCGGCGGGUCCCAGAGGGGUCCUGCCGCCUGUGGGGUGCGGCGGGCUCUGUGGGCGGGGGGAGGCUCCUCCCGGGGCUGCGGCUCCUCCCGGCCCCCUCAGCCGGGCCGGCCGCCAUGGCCAGGCGCGGCUCGGCGGCCGCGAGGGGCGGUGACGUCACCGCGCGCCGGACCCCCGGUGCGGUGGCGCCUGCGCGGUGGCGGUGCGGGAUGGGGAGCCCCGCGGGUGCUCCCGCCAAGCGCGCGCGGUACGAGGGGCCCCGCGGCCCCGGCAGCGACCGCAGCGACCCGCGGCUGUGGGACACGGAGCGGCUCUGCCAGCACCUCGCCCGCUGCGGCGUGGGCGAUCCCAGCCUGCUGCGCCGCUUCCGAGAGAGCGGGGUCACCGGGAGGAUGCUGCUGGACCUGCCGGCCUGCGCCCCCGAGCUCAUCCGCGUCUGCUGCCCAGCUGAGCGACUAGAAGUGCUGGCGUGCCUGACACAGAUGCAACAGCAGCACAUGGAGGUGAUGAAGGUUUUUAAUGAUCCUAUUCAUGGGCACAUUGAAUUGCAUCCCCUGCUGGUUCGGAUCAUCGACACCCCUCAAUUCCAGCGCCUCCGGUAUAUCAAGCAGCUGGGCGGCACGUACUUUGUUUUUCCAGGAGCCUCUCACAACCGCUUUGAACACUCCCUGGGGGUUGGCUACCUUGCAGGAUGUCUGGUUCGUACACUGAAGGACAGACAACCAGAACUGGAUAUAACCCAGCGAGACAUCCUCUGUGUAGAAAUUGCUGGGCUUUGUCAUGAUUUGGGUCAUGGGCCAUUUUCACACAUGUUUGAUGGAAGAUUUAUUCCACUCACUCGUCCAGAUUUGAAUUGGAAGCAUGAAACUUCUUCUGUUCAAAUGUUUGAGCACUUGAUCACUUCCAAUAAACUAGAAGAGGUAAUGAAAUCCUAUGAUCUUGUCCUGGAAGAAGAUAUGUUGUUCAUCAAGGAACAAAUAGGAGGGCCUAUAGAUGAAACUGCCUGUGUGGAAUCGUGGCCCUACCGUGGUCGACCAAAGGAGAAAAGUUUCCUCUACGAGAUUGUAGCUAAUAAAAAAAAUGGCAUUGACGUUGACAAGUGGGAUUAUUUUGCAAGGGAUUGCCAUCACCUGGGAAUCCCAAAUAAUUUUGACUAUAAGCGAUUGCUUAUCUUCACUCGGGUCUGUGAAGUGGAAAACCAGAAGCACAUCUGCCCCCGUGACAAGGAAGUUGGAAAUUUGUACGAGAUGUUCCACACCCGGAAUUGCCUGCACCGGAGAGCAUACCAGCAUAAGACGGGGAACAUCAUUGAAAUAAUGAUAACAGAAGCCUUUCAAAAAGCAGACAAAUUUUUUGAAAUAAGAGGCUCUGGAGGAAAAGUGUAUCGCAUUUCUACAGCAAUGGAGGACAUGGAAGCCUAUACUAAGCUAACCGACUGUGUCUACCUGGAAAUUCUGCACUCAAGUAAUCCAGAACUGGAGGAAGCACGAGAAAUUUUGCGUAAAAUAGAACGACGUGAAUUAUACAAGUUUUUAGGAGAGACUCGACCUGAAUCAAAGAAGGAAAUUAUAAAGAGUAACAGCCUGGCAGAAAGCAUUGCUAAUUCCAAGCCAGAGAAGGACCCUCCAGAUGUGGAGCUAAAGGCUGAGAAUUUCAUAGUCGAUGUUAUCAGCAUGGAUUAUGGAAUGAAGGAACAGAAUCCAAUAGAUAAGGUUCACUUCUAUUGCAAGGCUGAUCCUUCCAAGGCAGUCAAAAUCAGUAAAGAACAGGUUUCAAAGCUUUUACCCAAAAUAUUUAUGGAGCAGGUUGUCCGGGUUUAUUACAAAAGUCAGGAUCCACAUAUUAUUUCAGCUGCAAAACAGUACUUUGUUCAGUGGUGCAUGCAGAAUGAUUUCACCAAACCACAGGAUGGUGAUGUUGUUGCUCCUCAUCUAACUCCAAUGAAGGAAACCUGGAAUAACAUGACACAUGAUGAACACAGGAGAGCCUCAGAGCCCAGCUGCAAACAAAGGCUUUCUUUUGAUAAGUAACAGGUUUCUUUUUGGUGCUAUUCAGUCUGCUUCCUCAGAAGAUGAGUGAAUUUGAGCAUCAACUUUUCUAAAAGCUGAUUGGAUGGACUGGAAUAAUUCAGACAACAAUGCAGAAUGCAUUUUGCAAUACAGAAUGUUUUAAUGUAGACACUUAAAGUGCAUAUUCCAGAUGGACUUCUAAAAACCAAUUUAUUACAACAGAGUAAACUCAGUUCUCAUUUAUUUUUUAAUGUAUUGGAGCUGUGUAGCAGGAGUAACUUUAAAAAUUGCAAUUCAUUGUUAUUACAAGAUUUUACUACUCCAUCUAGUCCUGAUCCCUUCCUUAGCUGUGCUAUUGCAUGACUUAGCAGAAAAAAUCCCAACCCAGGUUUGAUGGGGUUUUUGGGGGGGUUGGGGUUUUCUUAGUGUCUGAGAAAGAGAGGGAUAGGUAUGCUUCUGAAAAUACAGUGAGGUAAAGAAGAAAUUACCAAGGGUGGCAUCUUCAAAAUUAGCAAAAAUAAUUUCAUGGAAAAAAAGGAAGGGAGAGGGGAAUCUUUUGAUAAUCAAAGAUUAAAUUUCUGGUAUUCAAAAAGCUGGUGCAGGCCUCUUGCUACAAGUGACCACAAUUUUUAUUGAAGUAAGAAUGCAUUGCAGUGCCAUGCAGCCUUUUAUUGUUUUAUUGUGUAUUUUUGACACAUGGAAUGUUAUAUUUUUUACUGUCUGUCCUGCAAAGACUGCUCAAAAGGCCAGUGGUGUGAGUGGUUGCAGGAAGGCCAAACUGCCCAGGUGUUUGCCAGGGCUCAGGUGUACAGAGAGGCCAGUGCCAGCAGGGUUCUGCCCUGCUCUGCCCGUCCUGCACCAAGUGUACCUUGGCUCUGCUUUACACUGUACUGGGCAGACAGGCUCAUCAGGAAUCCCUCCAUUCUUGUGUCCAUGCCCUGUUCUCCUGGACCUCGUGGCUGUCCCUGUAUCAUUUUUCUGUCUCCUGUAGAUCUGUGAGGAUUCUUACAGUUUUCCUGUACUGGCAGUACUGGUGUGAGUGUUCUGAAUGUCUGUGCUCUUGGACAAAUAAAGACCAUUUUCCUCUCAUCUUUUAUGCAGGUCUAAGAGGAAAGCUGCUUUCGUUAAAUAAAACCUCAAAGCUUGAAAAAGUCUGACCGCACAACUAAAAACAGAAAGUAAAAGGUUCAGUAAUGCUCAGGAAUUGGAGCAAUCCUUUAUAUCUGGAAAGGGGAGAGAGGUGUUGAACAUCUGGCUCAGGCAGUCAGGUGUGGGUGGCCAGGGUAGGUCCUGAAAAAUAACCCAGUGGGAAGGCGCAGUGAGAGAACUCCACAACCCCUGUAAUAUCUCCUUUCCCCUUUUUAUCCUGGGAACUGAUGCUGUUAGAGGGAGGGGAAAUUAGUAGCCAGAUACUUCUGCUGCCUAUGUAUCUGUGCUCAUGUGACUGAAGGUGUAACCUCUGGUGCUCCUGUCUAACAGUAUUUCAGACCUGCAGAUGAACCAGAUUGGUUAGAAGGGCUUGUGACCUUUUUAAAAGCUUUAAAAAAAUUUACUAUUCCUCAAGAAACAAUAUCUUAGAGUGAAGGCAUUUAUCUCCCUUGUCUGCAUAAGAUUGAGUGUCAUUUUGAUAUAAUUUUGUUCUUGUUGAUUUGGUUUGUUUUUAAUUUGUUACUAACUGUGCACUUUAUACUUGGGAAAGAUCUUUUGUUUAUGUUAAACCAAAAGUGUAUACUUAACUUUAAGUUCUGAGAUCGUUUCUUUUCUCAACAUGUUCAUCUGAGCCUCUCUGAAGAAUAAAUUUAUAAAUGAUGAUUUACUAUUCUUUUAAA